AUGGCUUCUGGAAUAGGAACGCCGGUUGGAAACUCGGCUUUUGUAUGGUUGGAUGUCGAUGAAUUCACUUACUGUGUGCUAACUGAUGCAGUAGCAACAAGUCCAGUAGCAAACCCAUGCGCGCGAAUCACCCUACUGCCGGAAAAAGGAGACGUGAUUAAUUGCAGAAGAUCACAAGGGUGCCACAAAUCCGAUGAGUGUUAUCCUUGCAAGAAUCUCUUGGAGAAAGCAAUAAAGAUAAACGACCGACAAUUUCUGAUCUGCGGCAACAACGCUCUAAAUCCAAGAUGUCAUCUUUUCUCGCACAACGGAACAGAUCUUCCAACAGAACAAAGAUCAAAAGCAUUUUACUUGACGAAGCGUUGGUUCCCCCGAACUCUCACAGAAAUAAUUAUGGACGGGGCUGAUCAAAAUUCUGCAUAUGUACUGACUCUUUCGCUGGAACCUGCGCCGUUCUUGAAUCACUACAGUAUCAAAGGCUUGCUGAGCGAAAACGGAGGGAUCGAGGAGGUGGAUAAAAAGAGGGAUGAGCUAGACUUGUCUAGAAAGAAUACUUACAACGCAAUCAAGUCUUUUGUAUACAAAGAUGAAGAGAAUUUGGAACGCGCGGUUUUCCUAUUCAGUACAGAUGAAGAUAUCUACGAAUCGUUCCCAAUCAAUGGAGUCUCUUCCCUCAGCAGCCCAAAAAACAAUUCCCCUCCAGUUCUUCUGAAACUGCGCUGCUGCGAUCCAAAAUUUCCAUACCAAGACAAUCAUUCCUGCAGUUACCACGCAACUUCCUUCGAAACCGCUGAUGACGAGAAUUUUCUUUUCGGAAUUUUCAGAUUUCCAUUCGCGCUGAAAUCAGACGAGCGCUUGGGAAUCUGUAAAUUUUCAAAAGAAGCGAUUACCCGCGUAAUUACUACCAAGAAAGUUGAUGAGGUUGAACUAGAAGGGGACUUCAUCAGCUCCAAAAUUCCCGGCGGUUUAUCGAAGGAGGACGUCAUAAUUGGCGCUAAAAGCCAAGAACUUCUAAUUCACAACCGCUCAUCAAAUUUUAUCAAAGUCAUCAAACUUCAAGAUCAAAACAAAGCCUUGUUAUCGACAGAAAAGAAGAUUCGCAGUCAAUUCGCAAUUGAGGCUUCCAGCCUGGUUUACAAUCUGGAGAAAACUGAUGGUUUGUGGCACAUGGUAGAGGUAAAUCUUUGCCCCGAGCUUCCAAGUGAGCUGAGCGGACGCGUGGAGAAAUGCAUUUACUGUCACUCGGAGACAGCUGGCUACUGCCAUUAUGCCAGCCAUAAAUGCACAGUGUCGAGAAGCAAAACUCGCGAAAAUAGAACGUGCCCGGACGUGAAAAACUGUCAACAACACGUUGUCCAGCGAGAAGUGCAAGAAUUGGAGCCUGAAACGCCCUUCCGAAAACCUGUUUCUUUGAGCCCAACCCUGCCCCGGGCCGGUACAGUAUUUUACUGCGAGAAGUAUUCUAUUCAAGAACUUAUAGAACGCAUUACCCCUCUGCCUCCAAAAAGUACGAAAACAACUACCGUAACUACCACAACUACAACGAUCAUAAGAAAAACAACAACAUCGACUCAAACGAGUUCAUCAAUCCGAAAAACCCAGACUACCCCCUCCAGCACCACAACGAACGCCACAGAAUCCACCACAACUGUAACUGAACCCCUUUCUUCGUCAGCUUUGCUUCGAAGCCUCUCGAACGCAACUCAGACAGAUGGAAUCGUUGGCAAUCAAACAACUUCUGGCUCCACUAGUACUUCCUCAAGUGGCCUAGAGGGAAUUCAAUCUGCCGAGUUGAAUUUUAUUCUUUUAGCAGCUGGAGGAGUUUUUAUCUUGAUAGUCUUGGCUAACUUGACGUUUUGCUUCAUUAGUAAAAGAAAACUGAAAAAGAAGUAUUCCUACGAUCUUCCGGAAAAAGCCACAAACGAAAAAUGCCUCGUCAGAUCUCAGAAAACUCCAAAAACUACCGAUCAAACAACACAAGUAACUCCUUCGCUGCCUCGAAAGCCCAAUACGCCCAAGCGUCAAGGAUCCUCUCUAUCAUCGCUAAGUCCGCCAACUGUCUCAAGUAUUCAAGAAAAGCUAAAAGAUGAAAGUGCAGGAAGUCAUAAUAACAGAAGAUCGGAUUACACUCUGUCCACUUCAAGUACUGUUGAUUCUACUGCUCCGCUGCUCAAAACAUGA